UAUAUAACUUAAAAAAACUUUGCAAUUCUGUGAAAUAAAGCAAAUUCUAAAAUGAUUCUUUCUGGCCUAUACAACAGAGAUACAACCUGUACAAUACAACAUAGAUAUAUUUCUAACAUGGGGAAUUCAGCCAUUUUCCUGUGUGGUUCAAACACACGGUUCACUAAUGAUAUAAUUCACUCAUUUACUUUAUAGUCAGUAUAUCUCCCUGAAUCUAUAGUUCACAAAUUAUUUUGAAUGAUGAUCCAAUCACAGCACUACAGCUGCUAAUGUAAACUAAUCUGUGGGUGAGGUCAGUUUCAUUCCUCGCUGGCUAUUCUUAACAGUUGUUACUUCUUUUUAAAAUCUUACAUGAAAGCCCACCGUCUCAGCUCCUACAAGACACGGACGUCAUGAUGAGUGAGUUUGAAGAAGACUCACCUGUAAUUCGGGCUGUGGAUUCAUUGCAAGCAGUGGGACAGCUCUUCCAGGUAUGUAUACAGGCAGUGGAACAGCUCCUAGCAGAGAGGGAGAACCUCAUCGAACAACUAACACGCCUGAAGGAACCCAUGCACCAAGAGGUUUGUGUUAAGAAGGCAGAAUUGUUGGCGCUUUACCAAAAUAAAUCAAAGACUCAAAUUGAAUGCGACAAUCUCAAAGAAGAGAUGAAGCUCAUCAAGAAAAAGCUGUUCGAAGUCACUAAAGCCCACAUGGCGUGCAAAUUCAAACUGGACACCAGCAAACAAGUGCUUCCUCAGGUCGCUCUAGUGAGGGAAGAACUAGAAUCCAAAGUCCAGACUCUUUCUGUUGAACUCGCAGGGCUGAAAACUCACAGCCGCGGAGAGAUCAACCAAAUGAUCCAACGGUUUGAAAAUAAUAGAGACACAAAAGAGAUCCUAUCAUUGUCUAAGAAUCGUGAAACUGAUCUAAAAUUUCAAAGAGUUUUGGUGGAACAGAGACAAGAGUUGGACAAGUACUAUCAACCUAAACUGGAAAGGCUCAUGAAAUGGAACAAGACCAGUGUCGAAUCACUGCAACGCACUAAACAGGAGAUCAAAGACCUAAUAAAAGAACUACAGCCAUUGCAGGAACAAGUAGCAAAACUGAACACGCAGAGGAAAUGCCUUGUGAAGCAGCUGCAACUCCUGCAGAUUAAGAGAGCUGAAGAUGCCGUGCAAUAUCAGGAACACCAGAGGGAACUGGAGGAAAAAGUGAUCAUUUUAAGAACGGAGCUCGCAGUGCAAACAAAUAAGAAUGAUAACAUCAAGAACUUGAAGGCAAGCCUAUCAGAGGAUCUGUGUGUUUACAAGGAACGUUUAACAAUAUACGGAAACCUCAUCAACUCAAAUGUAAGAAACCGAUGUGAUUUAAAGCAUCCAACUAACUGAAUGAAAUGGUUUACAAACAGUUCCUCAAUUCACAAGAUCAAACAUUAAGUCAUGUUCAACUGUUACCCCACCCGCUCCCCCUUCGUAUCAACUCAUUGGCUAUUGAGAUCCACAUUGUAUGCUGCACUGAAGNUUUUUUUGUUACUAAUUUUCUUUGAGCAGUUAAUAAAAAAUAAAUGUUUAAUCAAA